AUGGCGCCGCUCCUACGCCCCAGAUAUAGCUUGUCCAAGGAUAAGUUCCCGGCAUACUUUGGACCUUUGAAGAGCCAGUCCUACAACGACACCACCUCUGGGCCUCGGGGCGGUGGUGGAAGCCAUCACAGCCUAAGCACAAUAGCAUGGAACCCGUUGGGAACUCUUAUUGCCACUGGUGCUAUUGACAAGACACUUCGCGUCUGGAAUCCCGAGAAGCCCAAUGUCAAAUUCUCAACUGAACUCAAAGGUCAUGCUGCUCCAAUUGAAAAAGUCGCCUUCAAUCCCGUCAAGGAUGCAGAGCUCUGCAGCGUCAGCAGCGAUGGCGCUGUCAAGAUCUGGGACGUAAGGACCAAGGCAUGUGUCAACGAGGUCAAGGUUUCUGGACACGCCACGUCCCUGGCCUGGGCUCCUGAUGGAUCCUCGUUACUCGUUGGUAGCAAGAAUGGCGAUCUGUUCCACAUCCUGCCCUCUCAGUCUUCCAUCGUUUCGACCCACCAUCAACCGGUCGGUACAAACCAGAUGGCCUUCUGUUGGAGUGGCGACAAGGUGUUCCUGCCCACCAGCGAAGGAAGGAUACGCAUUUUGUCCUACCCUGACUUUGAACCUGUCCUGCAUGUUAAUCACGCCGUCCCAGAGGGCGAGCCAACCGAAUUCACGCUCAAAGGCCAUACGGCUUCUUGCCUAACGGCUGAGCUCUCUCCCACCGGCAAAUACCUGGCAACGGGAGGCGCCGAUUCCAUCAUUGCCUUGUUUGAUACCAAAGACUGGAUCUGCCAGCGGACAGUAACCCGCAUGGUUGGGCCCGUCAAGAGCAUAAGCUUCACAUUUGAUGGUAGUUAUGUGGUUGGUGGCUGCGAAGAAGGUGGUAGCUUGGAAGUUACUCAUACAGAGACGGGCGAGCAUGUCCACACCUUCAAGACAGCCGGUGCUUGUGAGGCAGUGGCAUGGGCACCUACUAGAUACUGCCUUGCUUACAGUGAUCUAGGCGUACUCCGCAUCAUCGGCGUGGACACUGAUAGGAAGUGA